GCCCUACCAGUUUGAGUGAAACUGCUUUCCUCUGGGCAACUCUUCAUCCUGAGACAGAGAGAGGGGGAAAUCUGUUCAUUUGUAGUAACUAGAGUGAAUCCAGGGAGGGAGCAGACUCUGCAAACUCAGAAUACUUGAAGAUCUGAAGACAGAAAUUUCAAAAUGAACAGAUGAAGGGCUUUGCCCGAAACGUUGACUCUCCUGUUCAUUGGAUGCUGCCUAACCCGCUGUGCUUUUCCAGCGCUGCACUUAUUGACACUGACUCUCCAGUGUCUGCAGUUCUCACUUUCAUGUCAAUGUCUGACAGUCACUCGAUUUUCAACGGUUUUCAACUGAUUCUGUGAGAAGGAGCAAAGCUUUUUGGUUCCUGUUUCAGUACGUUUUCGGCGUCAGUGGGUCUGGGUGAGACACCCUACUGUUGUAGCGCACUGAGUGUGGAGAGUGUAACAGCUAUACAGCCUGGCAAGAGGAAUUCACGGGAGAGAGGGCCUGUACACACAUUUGUGUGCAGCUGAAGCUUUGGCCAUGGCGAAACCCGAGGAAUCCCACCCAGUGGAGAAACCAUGGAAGUGUGGUGACUGUGGGAAAGGCUUUUGUGCCCCAUCUGCUCUGGAAACUCAUCGGCGCAGCCACACCGGGGAGAGACCAUUCUCCUGCCCCAUCUGCGGGAAGGGCUUUAGUAGUUCCUCCGCUGUGCUGAUCCACCGGCGGGUCCACACGGGGGAGAGGCCCUUCAGCUGCCCUGAGUGUAGGAAGGGCUUCUGCAAUUCCUCUUCUCUGCUGAGGCACUGGCGAGUCCACACAGGGGAGAGGCCCUUCAAGUGCCCCAAGUGCGGGAAGGCCUUCAGCGAUUCCUCCACACUGCUGAAGCACAAGCGGGUUCACACCAGGGAGAGGCCCUUCAGCUGCCCCGAGUGUGGGAAAUGUUUGACCCAGGCCUCUGCCCUGCUGACCCACCAGCGGGUCCACACGGGGGAGAGACCUUUCAGCUGCCCCGAGUGCGGGAAGGGCUUCAGCAAUUCUUCCGACCUGCUGAAGCACCAGCGGGUCCAUACUGGAGAGAGGCCCUUCAGCUGCCCUGAGUGCGGGAAGGCUUUCAGUGAUUCCUCUGCCCUGUUGAGGCACCGACGGGUCCACACCGGAGAAAGGCCCUUCAGCUGCCCCGAGUGUGAGAAGGCCUUCAGCAAUUCCUCUGACCUGCUGACCCACCGGCGGGUCCACACCGGGGAGAGGCCGUACUCCUGCCCUGAGUGUGGGAAGGCCUUCAUCAAUUCCUCCAACCUGCUGACCCACCGGUGGAUCCACACCAGUGAGUGGCCCUUCAGCUGCGCCAUAUGCGGGAAGGCCUUCAGGAAUUCCUCCACUCUGCUGAGACACCGGCUGGUCCACACGGGCGAGAGACCUUUCAGCUGCCCUGAGUGCGGGAAAGCCUUCAGCGAUUCUUCCACCCUCCUGAGGCACCGGCGAGUCCACACGGGGGAGAGGCCUUUCCCCUGUGCCGACUGCGGGAAGGCCUUCAGCAAUUCCUUCAACCUGCGGACCCACCAGCAGCUGCACACAGGGGAGAGGCCAUUCACCUGCUCUCAGUGUGGGAAAGGCUUCACCCGUGCCUUCCACCUGCGGAGCCACCAGCAAGUGCAUGUGCCAUCGAAAGGGGAACGUUUUCAGCAUCAGUGGGUCUGGGUGAGUGACCCUACUGCGCAGCGCACGGCGUGUGGAGCGUGUAGCAGCUAUACGGUGUGGGAAGAGGAAUUCACAGCCUGGAGAGGCUGUACAUGUGCACCUGAAGCUUCGGCCAUGGAGAAACCCGAGGAAUCCUGCGCUUUGGAGAAACCGUGGAAGUGUAGCGACUGUGGGAAAGGCUUCUGUUUCCCGUCUGUUCUGGAGACUCAUCGGCGCAGCCACACCGGGGAGAGGCCAUUCUCCUGCCCUGUCUGUGGGAAGGGCUGCAGCAGUUCCUCCAACCUGCUGACCCACCGGUGGGUCCACACAGGGGAGAGGCCCUUCAGCUGCCCCGAGUGUGGGAAGGCGUUCUGCAAUUCCACCAACCUGCUGGCCCAUCAGCGGGUCCACACAGGGGAGAGACCCUUCAGCUGCCCCAAGUGUGGGAAGGCCUUCAGCAAUUCCUACAACCUGCUGACCCACCGGCGGGUCCACACAGGAGAGAGGCCCUUCAGCUGUCCUGAGUGCGGAAAGGCCUUUAGCCAUUCCUCCACCCUGCUGAGGCACCAGCAGGUCCACACAGGGGAGAGGCCAUUCCCCUGCACCGAGUGCGGGAAGGCCUUCAGGCGUUUCGACACCCUGCUGAGUCACCGGCAGGUCCACACGGGAGAGAGGCCCUUCACCUGCCCCGAGUGCGGGAAGGCCUUCAGCAAUUCCUCCAACCUUGUGAUCCACAGGCGGGUUCACAGGGUAGAGAGGCCCUUCAGCUGCCCCGAGUGCGGGAAGGCCUUCAGCCAUUCCUCCACCCUGCUGAGGCAUCGGCAGGUCCACACGGGGGAGAGGCCAUUUCCCUGCACCGAGUGUGGGAAGGCUUUCAGGCAUUCCAACACCCUGCUGAGGCACCGACAGGUCCACACAGGGGAGAGGCCCUUCACCUGCCCUGAGUGCGGGAAAGCUUUCUGCAAUUCCUCCAACCUGCUGGCCCAUCAGCGGGUCCACACAGGGGAGAGGCCCUUCAGCUGCCCCGAGUGCAGGAAGGCCUUCAGCAAUUCCUCCAACCUGCUGGCCCAUCAGCGGGUCCAUACGGGGGAGAGGCCAUUCAGCUGCCCUGAGUGCGGGAAGGCCUUCAGCAAUUCCUCCAACCUGCUGGCCCAUCAGCGAAUCCACACGGGGGAGAGGCCAUUCAGCUGCAAUGAGUGUGGGAAGGCCUUCAGCUGUUCCUCCAACCUGCUGAGGCACCAACGAGUUCACGUGCCAUUGCAGGGGGAUUGAAAGUGCGACGGUCGAGUGCCAUUAUCGACUGGACUAUCAACCCAGUUUGGAGGAUUCCCAGGUUUGAAUCCCACAGUGGCAGAUGGCAGAAUUGAAAUUUGGUCAGAAACCUGGAGUUCAGAAUCGAACAAAAACCCAUCUUUUGGGGGGAGAGAUGUAAUGGAAAAUUAUCCAUUUACUGUGAAAUUUAAAGAGAAUGCUUUUCCUUAAUUCAAUGCUGUACUGAGCUUUGUAAGCGCUGCUUUGAUGAAGGUUUGACGUUAGCUUAUCUCUGUUUGAAUUCUGUCAGCAUUCAACACGACCUUGCGAUAGUCGAACUCAGCGAAAGCUGAAGAACUGUUAUGUCUAGGACCAGGGGAUGAGAGGAUAACAACUUGGGUUUCCCCCAGUCUUUGCCCUUGAGAGUGUGAUAAGGAACGCUAUAAGGCAAGCAUCUGUACAGUGUUUCAAUACUCUUUGCAUUGAGGCAUCUGGCUUAGUGUAAUGAGUCAAUCCUGCAGGAUUUAGAAAUAAAGAUCCGUUCUUUGCUCUGGCUAAUAA